CAGAAAAGCCUGCUGAGCUUCCGCCGGGUUCUCUGCCUCUCACUGAACCACUGCAAAUUCUAUUUUGGUUCCCUCUCUGUAAUUCCAUCGUUUCAUAAAAAAAAACCCAAUUCUUUCUUUCUUCUCUUGGGUUAGUUUCUCUUCCCCGCGCGCGCUCCAUUUGCGUUCUUCUCCUUCGCCUAAGGUUGCCAGCUUUCUUCUGUUCCAUUGCCAGCUUGCCCCCAUCACGGAAUUGUUUGAUUCCUUUGAUUUCUUGCGGAAACCCAGAGAUUGAAACGUCGAGAGAGAACGGAAAAGGGAAGAGGCGAAAGUUAGCCGAGGAAUCUGUUUCGUCGUCGUCGUUGUCGCCAUUUCGGUUCUGCCCCUGACUCUCUGGUCUGCGGAUCCCUUUUAUCCGGCUGGAAAAGGGUCUGCAGAUCGGGAAAAUGUUUGAUAGCUUGACCAAAUCCAAAUUCUACACAAAAUGCAAGUCAUUGACAAAAAUGACCAAGGUGAGGCUGGACGCCACCAGGAAGAAGAAGAACGCCGUCGCCAAAUACCUCAAGAACGACAUCGCCGACCUUCUCAGGACUGGCCUUGAUUCCAAUGCUUAUGGCAGAGCUGAUGGGCUAAUAGUUGAGCAAAACAUGAUAGCUGCUUACAAGCUAAUGGAAGAAUUCUGCGAAUGCAUAUUAACUAAUCUUGCAGCCUUGGACAAACAAAAGGAAUGCCCUAAGGAAUGCAGAGAGGCUAUACAAUCUCUGAUGUAUGCUGCAGCAUGGUUGGCAGAGUUCCCCGAACUCCGUGAUCUUCGUUCUCUUUUCGCACAGAGAUAUGGUGAUUAUCUUGAAUUAUUCCUUAACAAAGAGUUUUCUGAGCUGCUGAAUCCAAAGCCUGCUUCUAAGGAGAUGAAGCUUCAGCUGCUUCGUGACGUCGCACAAGAAUUUUCAAUCAAAUGGGAUUCAAAGUUCUUAGAACAGAAGCUUUUUAGACCUCCUCAUUCUCCUUCUUUCCACAGACAUGAUGAAGGAGCUACCCAUACUGCUCAAGACGUUGGCCAUAAAGUGAAGAUCAACGAUGCUCCUAGUCCUAGGAAAGACCAAGAUAUUCACCGUGAAAGCAAAAAUAGGCAUCGGGAGGACGGCAAGAGAAACAACCAUGGAUCGACAGCAACAGCAGAAGUUGCAAGUUCUCCUAGAAGGAAGGAUGUGGUUGAUGGUUAUAGGCACAACAGGCCGCAUAUUAGCGAGAGUGAGAGCACCAGAGAUCAAGAUAUACACCGUGACCGCAAAUAUAAACACAAAGAAGUUGGCACGAGGGAAAGCCAUGGGUCAGCAGCAGUAAAAGCAGAAGUUGCAGGUGCUCCUAGAAGGAAGGAUGUGGUUGAUGAUAGGCACAACAGAUUGCGUAUGAACAGCCAGAGUGAUAGCACCACAGACCAUGAUAGCUCGAAGCAGCCUAGUUCAACCACCAUUGGAACUUCAACUACUAGUGCUUCUGAGGAUGAAGUGGACAGCAGCAAGAAGCCCUACUACAGGUUUAUCCCUCCACCUUACGUCAGGGCUCAGGUUGAGAAGAAGGAAGAUGUCAAGAUCGCUGAAGAGUCUCCAAAUUCGAGAUCUACUGCUGGUGCUGGUGCUGGUGACAAAGAGAGUGAAUCACAACCUACGAAGCCAAGAUCUGUUCGAAGAAGGCAGCAGAUGAAGCAGUUGGUUGUUGGUGAUGACAGUGUGGAGAGUCCAUUGAAGCUGCCACCAGGUAGGUCAUAUUUUGGCAGUGUUGAUUCAAGUGAUGGAGUUUUUGGGGGAAGCAAUAAUAAGGGGACCUUGUGGAACUAUGCAGAAGAGGAAGAAGAGGAGAGGAAGUUGGAUGAAUUGUUGAUGAAGCACAGCAAGAAGAGGGCAAGUUAUGAAAGGGGCAGCAGCAACAACAACAAUAUGAAGAGUAAUAAUAAGCUGAAGCCUCUUUCAUGGCGUUCGAGGGAUGAGAGUGGCAAGGAUGCAGCUCCAGGUUCAGCACCACCGUUUGGCAAGUCGGCAUCUUCUACUACUGCUGACGAUUCAGCAGCUGCAGCAAGUAGUUCGAGCGGUGGGGGAAUAGGAGGAAGGCAUGGAAGGUCUCUAUCGGCUGAGUCAUCGGCAGAUGUUUGUAAAUCAAAACAUGUGCACCCUAAUCUACCUGACUAUGAUCUGCUGGCUGCUCGGAUUGCAGCUUUCAUGAGAAAGUGACGAAGAAACUUGCAAGGUUAAAAUGAAUGAAGAUAUUGGAGUUGUGCGUUUUUAGCUUACAUUUACUACUAAUUGCUGGAAAGAAGAACAAAAUCAAGCAUCUACUACAAAAGAAAAGUCGUCUUUUAGAAGUUUCCAGUUGUAGGAGAAGAUAAUUUGGUAGUUUGUUCUGGGUUUAUGGUUGCUUUUCAUUUGUUGAUUUGUUGAACUCUACACUACACUGUAAACAUGCAUCAUAUUAAACACAGAAUAUAUCAAUGUUAUAUUAGUCAUAACACU